UCCCUAGUGUAGUGGGCUAGUGGCUAUAUAUAUAAAGCACCAGCUUCCCUACUUCAAAAACCACCCAAGAAAAUGCCAUUCCUAACAAUAGGUCUCCUCAUCUUCAUCCUCCUGCUAUUGUUAUGGUCGUUUUUCCAUGACUACCCUAAUAAGACAACCAAACUACCUCCGGGACCCUUGCCACUCCCAAUCAUCGGAAACCUCCAUAUGUUGAGUACACUCCCACACCGAAGUCUAGCAAAACUAGCCAAGAAGUAUGGCCCAAUCAUGCACCUUCGCUUGGGCAUCCUUCCCACCACCAUCAUCUCCUCCCCCGAAGCGGCCGAGCUAAUUCUUAAGCAACAUGACCUCAUUUUCUGCAGUCGUGCACCAACUUUAGCCACUUUCUACAUGUGGUAUGGAACGAAGGGCUUUGGACUCACCCCUUAUGGAGAUUACUGGCGACGAGCGAGGAGGAUAAGUACUUUGCACGUAUUUACAACCACCAAAGUUGUAGAAUCUCAAGGGUUGAGGAAAAGAGAGAUUGAGGGGGUUAUUAGGUGGUUGAAGAGGGCGGCGGAGUCGCGUGAGGUGGUGGAUUUGAGUAAGAAAGUUGGGGAGUUGAUAGAAGAAAUCAUGUUUAAGAUGUUGCUUGGGAAGAAUAAUGAGGUGGAGGAUCAGAAUAUGAGGGGUGACUUGAAAGAGCUUAUGGAAGAAGUUGUGAAUGUGGGUGGUACCUUCAACUUAGGUGACUUUCUUCCUUUUCUUGCGCCUCUCGAUCUACAGGGACUGACUCGUAAGAUGAAGAAUUUAACUAAGAGGGUAGAUGAAAUAUUUGAUAAAAUUAUUGAAGAUCAUCUGAAAGAGGAUAUUGCACAAAAGAAAGAUGUUCUUAGUAAUCUGCUUUCUAUAAUGAGCAAUCCCAAUAACGAAUUUUUCUUAGAUUCCUUUGGUCGUGACAAUGUUAAAGCGAUCAUGUUAGAUUUAUUCACAGCAGGAAUCGAUACGUCGUCACACACCCUUGUAUGGGCACUUUCAGCACUUUUAAGUCACCCAAGAGUGAUGAACCUUUUGCAAGAAGAAUUAGAUGCCAUUGUUACUAAAAAUAGAAUGGUAAAAGAAUCAGACCUACCAAAUUUACCUUAUUUAGACAUGGUGGUUAAAGAAACGUUUAGACUGUACCCUACAGUGCCAUUACUACUACCUCGUGAGUGCCUAGAAGAUGUUGUUGUUAAUGGGUUUACGAUACGUAAAAACACACGAAUUAUGAUCAAUUACUGGGCAAUUGCACGAGAUACUAAGUUAUGGUCGAAAAAUUCUGAAGAGUUUUUCCCUGAAAGAUUUAUAAACAGUGAUAUACAUAUUCGGGGACCAGAUUUUAUGUUGAUUCCAUUUGGUGCUGGAAGAAGAGGGUGCCCUGGCAUGCAAUUAGGACUUGCAACGGUUAAAAUAGUAUUAGCUCAAAUGGUGCAUUGUUUUAAUUGGGAGCUUCCUGAUGGUGUGGUACCUGAAGAAAUGGACAUGACCGAGAGAUUUGGAUUCACAAUGCCAAGAACCAAGAAGUUGCUAGCCAUACCUUCAUACCGGCUACCAAUUUCAUUUCCUUAAAGUUAUAAUGUAAUACUACUUAUUGCGUACCCUUAUCGCCUAUUUUACUUUCCUUCUUAAUGGUCAAUCAAAUUUUCUUCCAA